AUGGCUGAGCUCGCAAAAAAUAGGCUAAUAGCCAUUUUUUCUUCAGGCACUUUAGAUGAAGCCAUUAAUUCUUUUGAAAAAAUAAACUCAAAGAUUCAUAACUGUCCAGAAAUCUCAAAAAAAUACUACGCUAAUAUCCAGAAGCUGCUGGAAGCAAUUAUAUCUGAAGAACUUCUAAAGCUAUCAUCUAAUACAUGAUACUCUGUUACAUUUCUAUAUAUGUUUUUUCUUACCUACAUUCUUUUUGAGUUGCCCUUAGAAAUUGGGUUUGAAAUGGAGUACAAUUGAUUUCUAUUUGGAAUAGAAAUUAUUAGCCUAUUGGUCUCUGCAGCUUUUAUUUUUGUUAAUUUCAAGAAUUAUUUUUUUUGAAGUGGGACAGAUAAAGUUUACAAAGAAUCUUCUCUUUGCUUUGCUUUAGAUAUCUUUUCAUUAUCGUCAUUCAAUAUAAUUUUUGCGAGUGAGCAGAUUGAAGAUCCUAUAGUGUUAAUUACCCUCUUAAGGCUGCUGAGGCUUGUGGCUAACUUUAGACUUAUAGCAUUGUUCGCUAAAAUAAGAAAUCUAUUGAGACAGUUUUCAGCCCAACUGAAAUUUUUGGAAACCAUGAUUUGUGUAUUGGCCUUAAUUCAUUUUAUGAGCUGUUCAUUUUUCUAUUAUAGCCUUAAUGAAAGAUACUCUUCAUGGGUGAAAGAUAAUGAUCUUCAAGAUCCAGAAACUGGGAACCAGUAUAGUUGAGCGCUUUUCCAUGUGCUGAAUAUUCUCACUUGCACUGGAUAUGGUGGAUUCAUGCUCGAGGCAAACGAUUCUGAAAGAAUUUGAACCGUUUUUUUAUUUUCUUCGGAGAUAUGAUGAACGCUGUCAUUUUUGGGCUGAUGGCAACUGCGGUUGCCACUCCUCAAUCUGACUUGAAGUAUUAUAUAG